UUCUCAUUUUGUUAAAAAAGACUAAAAAGGGUGAGCAUUUAAAAUCUAAAAUGUGACUUUUAAUAUUGAGGGACAUUUAGAGUUAUGUGUAUAUUCCAUUCAACGGGAGAAGGAGUUUAAGAAAAGAGAUGUGAAAAGUUUAGUUUUGUUACUUUCAGAAUUCCAGAAUUUUGAAAUGGGAGAAGCUAUUUUUUGUUACAUUUGUACAGCUAAUGUAGGAGUGAGGGUAGUUUGUUGUUUUCAAGCUGCAAUCCAUCUUGCCCUGUUGGUUGUACCCCCUUGUGUUCCUCCUGGAAAUCUUCUCAUAGUUUUUUCAAACUUUCUGGAGUACAUUUUCUGCGCAGUCGAGAUAUUUGAUACAGAUGCCUACUCUGAAGAACUACCAAAAGAGAGAAACGUCUGUGUAUUUCUCCAAGUUUUUACAGGAACACUGCUAAUCAUCUAUGCUGAAGCUCUCAACUUUAUCAUGAUGGUCUGUAAUCUAACUUUAAUUGCAUAUGGGUACUCAAGGAAAUUUAUUCUUAUUAACUACAUUAUCUCCAGUCUGUUUGUUGUUCUUCAAGUUUAUGCUCUUGGAAUAUUUACCAUAUAUAAAACUACAGCAAGACCUGAGGGAUAUUUCAUAUUGAUUUUUACAAGCCUGUUCCUCUGGGGUAUAUCUGUUGGCAUCAUGGCACUGAGAAAAAGGAUAAGAGAGGAUUCCAGACUUCAGCAUGUUAAGAUAUUGAUAAACAAUUCUGAUGAGCCUGCUUUAUUGGAAGAACCAGCAAGCUUAACCUCAGAAAUACAAACCGAAGAGGAAGUUGCACCAAAUAUGCCAGAAGAAAAUCCAGGGGCUAUGGAAAAUUUGUCUGGACAAGACAAAUCUAACUCAAGUUCAUCUGAAAAAGACUUUAGCCAUUGUUCUUCUGAGGUUAAAAAGUUCCUGGUACAGCUAACACGAUCUGAAUGUGAUUGUACAGAGGAGAGAAUGAUGUGGGAUUGUGAUUUAUGUCUUCGUCUUUUACUACUAAAUAUCCAACUUGAAUGUAUCUAAUUACAACAUGUUAUCUCGUUUUAACAAAAAUAAAAAAAAUUAUUUCA